UUUACAAUCUUGCACUUUUACAAUCUUGUUAUUCAAACUUAAUGAAUUAGGUUUUGUACAUUUAUAACAGUAUGCAUAUGCUGAAAACUUUAUGGAAUUUGUGACAACGGUAGUUGUUAUGGGCUGCAAAUGGGGUUAAUUUUUUCGCGACUCUCGGACUAAUAUCGAGAUCGUUAUGUCUUUCCUGUCACUUGUUUCCGCAUCGACCGAUUUCGGUGAAAUUUUACUCCCUUGAAGUAUUUUUUCCUUCGAUUCACUCAUCCAAUCGUUAAUUUACAAAUAGAAAAUUUUGUUUAACAAUGUAUUGUCUGGAACUUUCAAAAUUCGAUCGUUAACAUCGUCUGUGACGUAUCUGAAGAAAAGAUCCCUCGGAAAGAGAUAACACGUUAUCGAUGCAUUGAUAACCAAACAGCUCAUUGUUUGAUUAACAGGGCGUUAGUUUGUUCGAAUUCUUCGACAUCCGUGCAUUACUAUGGGGAAUUAUCUGUCAACCAACUAUAUUCUUCCUGAAGAAACACUUGUCACUUAUGUGGAAUUAACAUACUUAAAAAAGAAUGAAAUACAGUAUAUUGUUAAAAUGCUUGACUAUUUAAAUCCAGGAAAACUUUGUGAAAAUAUUCAGCAUCGUUUCACUAUUGACGAAGUCGAAACCAUAUUGCCACAAAUUCAAUGCAGCCCAUUUCGUGAUUCGAUAUAUCGAGUAUUUUCUUCACAAAAAGACAAUCAUUUAAGUUUGGAAGACAUAUUGGAUUUAUGUUCUGCAUUCUCUAAACAUUGUCCUUCGACAAUUCGUGCUGCUUGGGCAUUUUACAUUUUUGACCUCGACGGCGACAAUCAAAUCUCAGUGGACGAUUUGAUCGAAACUGUGCACAGAUUGACACGGAGCGACCAGCACGAACAUGAAACCAUUGAUUCGGCGACAGCGGAACACGUCGCGCGAAUGAUACUUCAAGAGAUGGUGUUCACUCAACAGGGAAGCAUUUCCUUCGAAGAAUUUAUACGUUUCGCUUCGAGAAUUGCAGAAUUCUCGUCAACAUUCUCGUUUCAUUUUAAUGUUUAAUUAUGCUCAUAUUAUGGUAAUUAUUUCUGUAACUUUGAUAUGCAUAUUGGAGCAAAUGUACGACUUUGUGCUCCAAAUUCAUGUGCAUGCAUAUCGUUACAUAAUUAAGUAAUAAUUAUAUAAUUUUCACAAAAAGGCAUUUUCACAAAUUAAUUCUAUUCGAAUGGAAUUAUCGACCGUUUCGUACGGAAAAAGACACGCAUAGAUGUGCUUUGCAACGAAUUUCACAUAAUAUACUCAAUUGCAUGUUGCUUUACAACUGAAAAAUGUUAUUAUUCAUGGUUACUAUUAUAUUAUUGUUCAUGGUAAUACGAAUUUAUAGCACUGUCGGGGGUAUGCUUUUAAAUACGCAUAAUUAUCGAUUUUGUAACCUUAGCGAAAUAAUUAAUGCUUCAAUUAUUAGAUCGUAUCUCCUACAUAGAAAUUUUCGAUAUGCUAAACGAAAAUUUUAUUAUAUGCAGGUCGAUAUACUUAUUGUCAUUUAUUUGAUAAGAAGAGUUCAUUUCUUAGAAGGAUAUGUAGAAUAAUAAUGGUAUCGAUUACAUUAGAUUGGUGGAAAAUAAAUGGCCUAUCGGUAUUUACAUUUUUAAUUCAUUAUCAAAAUAUACAAUCUUGCUUUAUCAUUUUCUUUUUUUAAAAAUGUCUAUAAAUUUAUCGGAGCGUUCUGCCUUAUAAAAUUAUUUAAUUUUCUCCAAAAUAUAACAACAAAUAAGACAGACAAACAUAAACAAAUUCAUAUUUCAACUUUAUAGCGUUUACAGCGAUAUAUAUGUACGUAUAUACAACUAGUAAAGCGUUGUAUUAAUUUUCGUAGUUUAACUUUUGGAAUAAAGAUAAUUAGCAAUUUAUUUCCCACCAAUCUAAUAUAACAAAAAUGUCACAUAUUAUCGAUAGAUAUAAAAUAUUGUAAAGGAAUUUAUGGCAUGUAUGUAUAAGGAUGAGAGAGAGAGAGUUUGUUGCGGAACAGAGCAGGCAAGUAUUGUAGAAAUUUGUAGAUUUGGUUGUCUUGUAACCUCAUAGGGGAAACAGUAAAUUAAACUGCUACUAAAAA